UGCCGUGACUCUGGAAACUGAGCAAACAAAGUCUGAGGGAAACUUUACUUUCAAGCAGAACUGACAGAAGGUACAAGGACUGAAGGACGGAGAUCUUCAGUGGGACACACCUGAUAAGGAUUCAGAACUGAAUUGCAAAUUUCUAACAAUUUGUGGGAGUUUAGUCCAGAUUUGUUGGACAGACCUAAUCCUGAUGGCAAAUGAGACACCGGUUCAGCCCCAGACAGUCAGACUGCUACUUUGGUCUUCUUGAACUAUGGGCUGAAAGUUUGCUUGCAAAGAAAAGGCAGCUCUAACUGAGGUAAAGCUGAUGGAGCUGUGGACGCUACCUGUCUUCGGCUGCUCUGCUGCUGAUCCAUCCUCUCGGUUGCUAUAGAGACGAGCUCUGGAAGCCAUGGAUGGGCUCGGGGGAGAAGCCUCCAGCAGGCUGUCUGCUGGUGGGCACCAGCAGGCUGCUUCCCAGCAGGUGCUGACAGAGCUGGGUUCUGUCUCUGAUGGUGAGGAAGAGUCAGAAGGUGCUAACCCGGCCACCCAAGAGGGGAACUCGCACACACGUUACAUUGCCAUUCAAAGAAAUUCCAGGUACUAUCGGUCCAUGAGGCUGCCAAGCAGAUCGAAGAGAAAGACUACGAGAGAGGCAAUGCAUGGGGGGCAUGCUGCAGGGUCACUCAGAAACAAUGAGCCUGUCAAAGAGCCCCUGAAUAUGGAUGUUUUGUCUCAUAAGGGAUCGCCAUCGCCAGUAGACUCUGAUAAGACAUCUUUUGAAGAACUGUUGAUCCAAAGGCUGCUGCCUUCCUACCCCCGUUACCGUGGCAACCUCCCGGGCUCCCCCAGCCCCGCGCCGCCGCCGCCGGAGCCGCUCGGCAGCCGCCUGCCGCCGUCGGCCAUGGAGCUGCUGGCCGCGGCGCUCAGCGCCGCCUGCGCCCUCGACCAGGACGACUCCGGCAGGGAGCCCCCCGCGGCCGCCGAGGAGAGCCCCGCCGCCGCCGCCCAGGUGCCGCCGCCCGCCCACCCCAUGACGGCCGACUCGUGGAGGAACCUGAUCGAGCACAUCGGGCUCCUGUAUCAGGAAUAUCGAGAUAAAUCUACACGCCAGGAGAUCGAAACCAGACGACUGCAGGAUUCACAGACAGACCCUGAGGAGAGUUCACCCAGUGAGGAAACCCCAUCCGAAACAGAACCUACAAGUACGACUGAGAGCAAAGCUGCACCACAAAUCAAUUUGCUGAGGAACUCCAACUCCAGGUUCAACUUAUGGCAGGAUCUUCCGGAGAUCCGGAGCAGCGGGGUCCUUAGCAUCCUUCAGCCAGAUGAGAUCAAGCUGCAGGAGGCAAUGUUUGAGCUGGUUACUUCCGAAGCCUCAUAUUACAAAAGUCUGAAUCUGCUGGUGUCUCACUUCAUGGAGAACGAACGCCUGAAAAAGAUCUUACACCAGUCUGAGGCACAUAUCCUCUUCUCCAACGUCCUGGACGUCAUGGCUGUCAGUGAGCGCUUCCUGUUGGACCUUGAGCAACGGGUGGAGGAGAAUAUUGUGAUCUCGGAUGUGUGCGAUAUCGUCUACCAGCACACCGUUAAUCACUUCUCUGUGUACAUCACCUACGUCUCCAACCAGACCUACCAGGAGAGAGCUUACAAGCAGCUUCUCCAGGACAAGCCAGCUUUCCGGGAAGUGAUCUCACAGCUGGAGCUGGAUCCCAAGUGCAAAGGCCUGUCCUUUUCUUCCUUCCUGAUUUUACCAUUUCAAAGGAUCACUCGGCUCAAGCUACUCGUGCAGAAUAUUUUGAAGAAAGUAGAAGAGAAGUCUGAGAGGGAAACCACUGCCCUGGAUGCACAUAAGGAGCUAGAAACGGUGGUGAAAGCGUGUAAUGAAGGUGUCAGGAAGAUGAGCCGAACAGAGCAGAUGAUCAGCAUCCAGAAGAAACUGGAAUUUAAGAUCAAGUCCGUGCCCAUCAUCUCUCACUCCCGCUGGCUGCUGAAACAGGGGGAACUGCAGCAAAUGAAUGGUCCGAAGACAUCGCGAACGCUUCGCACCAAGAAGCUCUUCAGAGAAAUCUACUUGUUCCUUUUCAAUGAUCUGCUGGUAAUUUGCCGGCAAAUUCCUGGGGACAAGUACCAAGUGUUUGACUCAGCGCCACGGGGGCUUCUUCGGGUGGAGGAAUUAGAAGACCAGGGGCAGAGUUUGGCCAACGUCUUCAUCCUGAGGCUGCUUGAGAAUGCAGAUGACCGGGAGGCCAGCUACAUGCUGAAGGCAUCGUCCCAGAGCGAGAUGAAGCGCUGGAUGAUUUCUCUGGCCCCAAACCGAAGAACCAAGUUUGUUUCCUUUACAUCCAGGCUUGUUGACUGCCCGCAGAUCCAGUGUGUGCACCCCUACGUGGCCCAGCAGCCGGAUGAGCUGUCCUUAGAGCUGGCCGACGUCCUCAACAUCCUGGACAAGACAGAUGAUGGCUGGAUCUUUGGGGAGCGUCUUCACGAUCAGGAGAGGGGCUGGUUCCCCAGUUCUAUGGGGGAGGAGAUCCUGAACCCCAAAAUCCGAGCCCAGAACUUGAAGGAGUGUUUCCGGGUGCACAAGUCGGAUGACAGUCAGCGGAGGAAACUGGGCAGCAGGAACCGCCAAUGACCGCUGGCACACCCGGGCAGCUGGAGUGCGGCUGGGAGGGGGCAGAGGACAGAGGCUGCCAUCUGGGAGAGGGCAGUGGUGCAGGACGAGGCGUGCCAGACCAAGCACACACCCCCCUGGAUAAACGGGCCGCAGUUGCUGGCUGCCCGCCAUGCUUUCUGCAGUGCUGAUCCUUCCCUGGAGCCCAGUACUUCCAAGCAGCUAACAGAACACCUUUCCAAAGAGCACGAGCCCAAACUGACACAACACAAGGUGGCACCCAGUUGAGCAGCGAGGGAACCAGGGGCUGAGGGGGGUUCAGCCUUGACCCCCAAUUCCCUGCACAUGGUCCAGCUGGAGCUGGCUCAGGCUGCUUGGGAAGGGCACGUGGAGCAAAUGGAACACAGCAAUUGGCACCACCCAUUUGAGCGCUUCCAGCUCAUCACUACCUUCUGAGUUAGGGGCUUUCCUAAAGCUGCCUCUUACAGCCAUGGAAGCUGAAGCAGUGGAGCUGUCUCACACAGCCUUUUAGCACCAAGGCUGGGAAGAGCCCCAAGCAUCGCAGUUCCCCAGCCCCAGCAGCUUCACAGCAGCACCUUCCCCUGGCAGACCCUCGAUCCACUUCGAGACACUGCGAUCACAGCUCCGCUCCACCAGUGGCCUGACCUUGAACACCCCGACCCACAUCCCUGUCACCUGAAGGCCUCAGAGCACAUCUGGGUCCAUCUCCACAGCUCACCUCUCUACAGCUGGCAGCCCCUCCACAGUGCUGCUGCAGAAGCCGGCACCGGGGCCUUCCCGGGCUGAGCCGGCGCUCACGGGAGGCCAGCGCCUGCAUGUGGCCUGUGCUGCCCAGCGCCGCCCCACCACUGCUGCAGGACUCUGGGAGCGCCAGCAGAGCUGGGCACCACGCAGAAGGCGGGUGACAGUCCCCCAGGAGUUGUUGUGAUGCGGCGAGCUGUAGGAGGCCCAGCAAUCACGCCUGCAUGCUUGUACCCCACUCCUCCCAGCUGCGCACACAGCCUCCCUGUACAGGCUCACCCCUUGUAUAUACGCAAACCCCGUUGCCUGCAGAGCCAGGCCACCACUCCUUCCAGCUGUGACACUGAGCAUCGCAUGGAGCCCAGGGCACAGCAUCAAGAGUGGCCAUGGGACAAACCCAGCUCAAAGCAGCCCUGCGGCAACCGCCUGCUGCUCAACAGCCUGGCUGCAAACAGGCCCACACGUGGCCACAGACUGGUCCCAAGCUGCAGCUGGCAUCUGUCAGGGAAUCAUGGUAAUCAUGGUUAUUAAGCAACUUUCUGUAACGCUGCAAGGAGUCUUCCAGGCACUGCCUGCGGCCUGCACUGCUGCAUGCUCAGCUGGUGUCAUGGCUGUGCUCAAAAAUGGGGUGGAGAGCAGCUGCCUGCCCCUGGAGCCACACAGCAGCCCCACACAGGGCAGCAGAGCAUGGCUGCACUGGUGGCAGCAGGGGAGGACACAGGAGAGCUGCUGAAAGGGGGCUCUGCAGAGCUGCCCUGGGGCUGCAGGUAGAGGGAGGGACCGAGUCACACAGGGAUGCAUGGCACAUGGCCGGCUGCAGCCAGACCCCAGGAACAAACCCAUGGGAGCCAUAGCAGGAAAGGGAGCACAGAAUGGGUUCCUUCCUCCCUCAGGCCCAGCUUGGUGCCACCACCUCAGCAGGAACAACUGCCAGCAGCCAGCACAGCGGGGUGUCCACCUGACAGCAGCACAGGCUGGAGGCUCCUGGCCCCCACCAGAGCCUAGCCCCACAGCAGGGGCCCGCAGCCUCCAGCUUGGUGCAGGGGCUCACCCACCCUACAGGGACCCCCCGAGUCGCUCCCCCCUGCCCCCAGGCAAUUUCCUGAGCACAGCCAGAGCUCCACCUCAGGGCCCAGACCCUGCAGCAGCUGCAAAUCCUCCAGUGCGAAACCCAGGGGAGCUCUGGCUCCAGGCAGCCCCAGUUACCUGUGAAAUGAGCACAGCCCCGAGCCUGCAGCUUUGCAGAGCUGCAGCCAGCCCAGCCCUGAAGUCCCACACACCUACCUGGGAUGCUUCUUGGUACAGAAAGGCUCCUGCACCCCUCAGCAGCAGCUGUUUGGUAGCGGAGGGGCUGACCCAGGUUCCCCAGCGCCAGGACACCGGUGCCCCACUGCACUUCUUGCAGGGGAAGAGGGGCGCGGGUCUGCAGCACGCUGUCCCACUCCCCCACCGCCAAACCCUGGGACUCACUCUUGCUCUGUUGUGACCUUUUAUGACUUCAAACCCUAGGCACAGGCUGUGCCUUUUUCAGGCACCAAGUGGCAUCCAGUGUUAUUUCUUCAGACCCAGCUCUGCACGCCUGUUUCAGUGGUCUCAGUGUUGUACAGGGCCAGGCCUGGGCCCCACAAGCACGGGCUGGAGCCCCCUGGACCCCGCCAGGCUGCCUCAGUGAACUGAGGGGAACUUCUCGUCGUCUCGUUUGCCGUGUGAUGAAAUAUAGCUGAGCGAGCCAGCGCCUAAGUGACA